UCUAGACUCAUUAUCCGUAAAGACAUUAGAUAACAGCUUGCUCACGUAUUCUCCCUUACGAGAUCCUGCCGUACUCAUCAUUUGCAUGGACUCUACCUGUAACACUAGCCUCUCUCCUUUAUCACUUGAGACGGCCAUGUUAUUAUAUGAUCAGCUACCUCAAACAACCGUGAUUUUUAGCUUACUCUCUAGCACCUCGUCUAGGAAUAACCAUAACGGUAACCAUGAUCCGGCGACCCGGGGUGGGUUGUCGCCACCGGACAUGGGACCAUCUCGGACGGGCCGACCCCAUAACAAAGGGACUGUAAGGCGUGGAUCUCGGGACAUGAUCCAUGAACGGCAAGGUGCAGCACUCGGAAGAAAUCCAGGGGUCGGUUCCGUGAUGUUGCUACGCUGGACUGGGCGAACUACCGAAAGUAAGGGUCCCGAGCCAUUCCCAUGGGGCGUGUCUGCUUGUUAACCGUAUUUUGAAGCAUCUGACUUAAGGUUAAUACGAGGUUGUAAAGCCCCAGUAUGUUUCUAGGACUAUCCUAGAAUAAGAUGUAAGAAUGAAAAGGGGCAGGCAGUCAGUAGUAGAUGUUGAAGGCUGCGCUUGUUGAACGGGAGUAUGCCAAGCAAAUCCGGUAGAUCGAGUAAUACGUCGAUCAAGGUACCAGACGGAUUUUACUCCCCGUCUCCGUGAUCUAUACUGCUGUUGGUUCUAAAAACUCGGCAAACAUUCAUAAGGCUGAACCCAUCGCCCGGCUCCAUCUCGCCUGUCCUUGCCAGGCAGUGCCGGCCAAUGGAGCUCUGUGGACAUGAAUAGCCCUGCUGCAGCAGUGACAGUUGUUCUACAUGCCUCACGGCUUGACCGACUCUGUUUCGCUCCAGCUCAUCCUUGCAACGGCGGAAUAAUUCCUCCAUUGGGGAGGUGGCCUUCUGGAAUAGGACCAUGUAACAGUAUUUUGGGUGGCAAGGUGUCAGAAUCGCCCCGAAUAGGUACACACACCUUGACAGUUCGGCGACGUAGUGAUUCUCCGGGGAUUGCAUGUCACUCCGGCACUACACCGCCAAGGGCCUGGAAGCAUCCGGCUCCUCGGCGUUUGUCGAGUAGUGAAACACCGAGAAGCGGUCCAAUCUAUCAUCCCAACCUCGAGGAACACCAGGUAUAAAAGGGUAGCCAAGUCCUCCCCUAAACAACUCCUUCAUUCCAUCACCAUCACGCACUCAAUCAAACACCACUCAGCUCAACUCUCAAGCUCAACUCAAUCACCAUGAAGGCCUCCGCUCUCAUCAUCGCCGCCGUCACUGGCGCCUCUGCUGCCGUCACUACCGUUCUUCCCGCUUCCGCCGGUGUCCAGAGCGAACCCACUGCCAUCCCCGUUCGCAAGGGAGACAAGUACAAUGGUGGCAUGAAGCGAUUCGUGCGCAACCCCACCACUUGCAAGGACCAGUAUGAGACUGGUGAGAAGGACGCCUCCUUCAUUCUCGAGGACGGUGCCACUCUCUCCAACGUCAUCAUCGACCGCUCUUCCGGUGAGGGUGUUCACUGCAAGGGCACUUGCACCCUGAACAACGUCUGGUGGGCCGAUGUCUGCGAGGACGCCGCCACCUUCAAACAGAAGUCUGGUACCUCCACCAUCAACGGUGGUGGUGCCUUCAGCGCCCAGGACAAGGUCCUCCAGUUCAACGGCCGCGGCACUCUGAACGUCAACGACUUCUACGUCCAGGAUUACGGCAAGCUGGUCCGCAACUGCGGCAACUGCGAGGGCAACGGCGGCCCCCGGAACAUCAACAUCAAGGGCGUUGUCGCCAAGAACGGUGGCGAGCUCUGCGGCGUCAACCACAACUACGGCGAUGUCUGCACCAUCACCGACUCUUGCCAGAACAAGGGCAAGAGCUGCCAGGCCUACACUGGUAACGACCAGAAGAAGGAGCCCCCCAAGUUCGGCCCCGCUGGCGACAACGGCAAGUCUUGCCUCGUCAAGAGCCUCCGCACCAACUGCUAG